AUGGAUGGUCCUCCUCCACCACCGCCGCCUCAUGGCGAGAAUCCCAAAACCACGGAGGGCGAAUAUCGCAAGUCUUCAGACCUUCCGGACGGCGACUACGACAUCUUUAUCGUCCCACCCCACUCCGCUGGCGCAGGUUUCCUUUACCUUCCAUCUUUACAAUGCAACCGAAACAGUUUCCUAGCAGGCGUCGCAAGCACGCUGUUUGCGUGUUUUGUGUGGUCUUGCAUUUCCCCAAUUGUGAAGGCGUGGUACCUAGCUACUGUCGCUAGCGGCAGUGGUACAGGUAUGACGGUUUUUACGACUGUGGUUGGCUUGGCUGGGUGGCUUUUUGGUGCCGUCCAAUACGCCAGCUCUGGAGAUAACAGAGGCAGCGGCGGCUCUGGAGGUGGACGAUUCGGAUUUGGUGGAUUUGGUAGAUUUGGUGGCGGCUCUGGAGGUCCAGGCGGCUCAAGCAACGCCGGCUCAAACACCAACCAACAAUCUUCCGGUGCAAACCAUAGCAACAAUAGAGAAAGUCGGCAACGACAGCAACAUGGAGGAAAUUCUGGUGGUGGCCAAAACCACGGCAAUCAAUAUUCCGGUAAUCAAUAUGGCUCCGGUCCUCCUCCGAACUCUGAUGAUAACAAACGUGAAAAGGAGGAGGCUGAAAAGCGUGCCAAAGAACAACGCGCCCAAGAGCAGCGUGCCCAAGGGCAGCGUGCCCAAGAGCAACGUGCCCAAGAGCAGCGUGCUAAAGAGCAGCGUGCCAAAGAGGAGCGCGCCAGGGAAGAGCGCACUAGGGAAGAGCGAGCCAAAGAGGAGCGAGCUCGGGAGGAACGUGCUAGAGAAGCACGUGCUAGAGAGGAACGGGCCAAGCAAGAGCGAGCCAGAGAGGAACGGGUUAGAGAAGAACGGGCCAGAGAAGAACGGGCCAAGCAAGAGCGAGCCAGAGAGGAACGGGCUAGAGAAGAACGCGCUAAGGAGGAGCGUGCCAAGGAGGAGCGUGCCAGAGAAGAGCGUGCCCGAGAGCGAGCUAGAGAGGAAGCCGAACAGGAGCGAGUGAGAGAGGAAACGAGGCGCAAAGAAGAUUUACGCCGAAAGAUGGAGGAGUAUAAGCGCAAGCGAGACGCAGAAGCCAAAGAGAAAGAGAAAAAGCGCGAGCGUGAAGCAAUGGAGAAAGAACUCCAGGAGCGACGCGAGCAACUCGAAAAAGAGAUAGCUGCUGCAAGGGCUGCCGCAGAAAAGGAAGCACGCGAAAAGAUAGAGAAGGAAGCUGCAGAGGUCCGCGCAAGGCUAGCAAAAGCUGAAGCAGAGGCAAAAGCCAGGGCAGAAAAGCUUGAAGCAGAAGCCAAAGAGCGUGCUGCCAAGGAGGCGGCCGAGAAAGAAGCCGCCGCAAAGGCCGCCGCCCAGAAAGAGGCCAUGGCUAAAUUUGCGGCGCUCAAGGAAGCAGCGAGCAAGAAGUACGCCGAGAAGAAGGCCCAGGAAGCGAAAGAGGCUGCUGCCAAAUCACCGCCUCCCAAGCCAGCUAGUACUAGCAACAUGCCUCGCACGCCUUCUCCUAAGAAACCACCCCCUUCAUCAGCUGCCAAAACUGCUAACGAUGAUGAUGCAUACUCGUUUCGCCCCUAUGACCGACCACGGCGGCCAUAUGCAGCUGGAACCUCAGUAUCCUCUGAGUCGUCAUAUGCGGCGUCUCACUCGACUGCGCGUACAACGCCUCCUCCUUCAUACCGCAGUGCAUACUCUACCAAGGAUCCUGACAAGAUCGUGAUCCAGGGUGUAUACGCUUUCAAUAAUGCCUUCAUGAAAACUCCGGUGGCGCAGCUUGUCUCGGGGCAGGGCAUGAUCACUGACGGGUUGGUGCUACGAAUUACAACCGAAGGUCUAUUUGUCGACGACGACCUGCGAGGCAUUGGCCAGCGCGAGUGGGAUGUCAAGGCAUGGACCCUCAAGCUAGCAGAGGUAUGGUGUCCCCAACUCAAUGUCACCGCGUCUGCCAAGUCCGCAUCCGGCAACCCAUUCUCUUUCCGCCGUGGGAACAAUGUCCCCACCAACGAAGAAUCCGAGGCUUUUCUCGGCAACCUGCUCAAAGUCUGCAAGAACACUUGCCGCCUGGCCUCGCCCAGUGGGUGCUUUUCACGCAGCUCUACUGCCAGCCGCGACGGCGGCCCUGUGCACCCGCCUGGGACGGAGUCUCGUGGUCUGCACAUACUCCGCGCCAGUGUUCGUGACCAGGAAGGCAAAAAGUAUGUGUUUGUGUUGCAGGAUACCGAGGCCUGGAAGGUGGCCAUCGGUCUCCAACGGCUCCGAGGCGGUGCUUUGGUUCGCGCACUGGGUGUCUCCUCUCUGCCGGUCCCUGAGUGCAAGACUAUGCUCAGUACUCUGGGCUAUGUUUGA